CAGUUUGUUAAUGCUAUUAGAAUAUGGCGACGAUGAAGAAACAGAAAACGUUGCUAUUGAUAGAAAAAAUUGUGAAAUAUGGGUGGAAGAGUCAAUAUUCGACCAACAUGUUCAUGGAACUGCACAUCUUGUUACUUCAAAAGAUUUAAAUGAUGCUGUGCCAGAUCCAAUAAUACUCAAUGAGACUAAUAUUGGCUUUAGGAUGUUACGUGAUCAAGGAUGGAGUUAUGAUAAAGGUCUUGGUAUUAAUGAACAAGGACCUCGUCAUCCAAUAUCUACACGAAUAAAAAAUGAUAAAUAUGGUAUUGGUAUUAAUCCAUCUAAAAUACAAAAACUUCCAAAGGAAAAAAGAAAAAGGCUUAACGCAAGAGAAGCAGCUAUACAAUAUGAAAAUGAUCGUAAAGAAAGAAUGAGGAUUCUUGCAUAUAUGAAUCAUUAA